UCAUCGCAGUUCCACCCAACCACCCAACAACACAUGCCGCCUCCUUGUGAGCGUCAGCCCUUUUUAUCAACUCACUCAGUAACAUAAUGCUGUCGUCUGGUCUGUCAAAGCAGUCGAGCUUUUUGCAACUUCGUUUUAGUUCAGUGAUUAGUAUAAAGAAACACCAAAUAACAGGAAAUAUUCACAAACCAUUUCGAUCUGGCGGCCAUAGACUCUUCUGUCGACAGUUCACAAUGUCCGAAAACAAAUCCCCGCUACUGGAGCGAGCUCGGAAUGUAGUGCCUCGUCUGGAAACGGGACGACACAAAGGACAAGCAGGCCGAAUCGGUAUUGUCGGCGGAUCGGUGGAAUAUACCGGGGCACCGUACUUUGCCGCUAUCAGUGCUUUAAAGGUAGGAGCUGAUCUGGUUCACGUUUUUUGUCCCCAGGCCGCCGCCCAGGUCAUCAAAUCAUACAGUCCCGAGUUAAUUGUGCAUCCCUUGUUGGAUAGUAGCAAUGCCAUUAUGCAGAUCGAACCGUGGCUGGAACGGUUGCAUGUACUAGUGAUUGGACCGGGACUGGGACGGGAUCGCUUAGUUUUGCAGACUGUGUCGGAAUUGAUAAAAAUAUGUCGGCAGUUGCAGAAACCGUUGAUCAUUGAUGCGGAUGGAUUGUACCUGAUCACUCAUGACAUCAGUCUGGUGAAAGAUUAUUACGGAGUCAUUCUAACUCCGAACGCUAUCGAGUUUUGUCGUUUGUUUGGAGAUGAUCGUGGCAAAAUUAUGCAGAUGAUGGAGAAACUGGGACGAGGCGUGACUGUGAUUGAAAAAGGCCUAAAUGAUCGAAUUUAUGAUUCGCUAACAUCGGAAAAGCACGAGUGCCCUCAGGGAGGUUCGGGAAGGCGAUGUGGUGGUCAGGGUGAUCUGCUUUCGGGUGCUCUCGCUGCCUUUUACUACUGGGCGUUGGAAUCAAGGCAGGAGAUCAGUCCAGCUGUGGUAGCCUGCUUCGCUGCAAGCUUUCUUACGAAGAACUGCAACAGCUACGCAUUCAAGAUCAAAGGUCGAAGCAUGACCUGCAGCGAUAUGAUUGAGCAGAUCCAUAGUGUGUUCGAGGAUAAUUUUGAGCUUAGGAAGGAAUAGGUUUAGCUGAGGAUUUUGGGGCUUUUUUAGGUAUGGUAAUUUUCAAUAAGUUUAUCUUCACUGUGUUGUCUUUUAGGUUGGCAUAUUGACGGCUUUCUUGAGCUAGUUCGAUCGAAUGUGUGCGACAAAACAGCCACUGUUGUUCUGGGUACUGGAACGAUCUAGCUAGGGUUUGUUUUAGGUUUGCGACAAAGAAAUGUGCAGAGUAAAUUCAGAUAUGUGAGUGUUAAGAAUCGAUUGUGAGAUAUUUUAAAAUAAAUGAAAAAACAGCUAA